GGCACCGGGGCCGAGCGGAGCGGGUCCGCUCCCACCGCCCGGAUCACGUGCACAGUGGCUCUUGCAGAGCUUGCAGGAAUUGGGGUUGGAAAUCAGGAAGCCGUGACGCUGGGUCUCGUGCCCACAGAAAGGCAAGUCCUGCUGUGAGGCUGCAGCUCCCCAGCCCCAGAGGUGGGGCUCAGUCCCCCAUCCGGCAGCAGCAGUGUCCUCUCCCUGGAUCUGGGGCACGAGAGGAGCAGGGAAGUGCCUGACCCCCGUGUUGCUGCAUCCCAGCCUGCCUGUUUGCUGCCCUCCCUGCCUGAUGGAGCCAGUGCUGGCAGAGGACCCUCCUCGAGGUGACGGGCUGAGCCUGGUGCAGGACCACUAGUGGGACGUGGACAGUGGCGUGUGGCACCCUAGGAAGGACGAUGGCUCAGGGCACCGGGAGCAUCAACAGCGACUACAAGGACUGGGAGUGGAGCGACAAUGCUGGGGAACGGGCCAGGCUCCUGCAGAGCCCCAGCGUGGAGACGGUGCCCAAGAGCGCAGAGAGCCAAGGGAACGGUCUGGGGGCCACGUCGGCUCUGGGGGCUGUCUUCAUCGUGGUCAACGCUGCCCUCGGCGCUGGGCUGCUCAACUUCCCUGCUGCCUUCAGCAUGGCCGGCGGCGUGGCUGCCGGCGUCACCCUGCAGAUGUGCAUGUUGAUCUUCAUCAUCGGAGGUCUGGUCAUUCUGGCAUACUGCUCUCAGGCCAGCAACGAGCGGACCUACCAGGAGGUUGUGUGGGCUGUCUGUGGGAAGGUGCCUGGUGUGCUCUGCGAGGUGGCCAUCGCCGUCUACACCUUCGGCACCUGCAUCGCCUUCCUCAUCAUCAUCGGAGACCAGGAGGACAAGAUCAUUGCUGCUCUGGUGAAGGAGCCCGAGGAAGCUGGGAGCAGCCCCUGGUACACAGACCGCAAGUUCACCAUCAGCAUCACCGCCUUCCUCCUCAUCCUGCCCCUCUCCAUCCCCAAGGAGAUCGGCUUCCAAAAAUAUGCCAGCUCCCUCAGCGUGAUCGGCACCUGGUACGUCACGGCCGUCAUUAUCAUCAAGUACAUCUGGCCUGACAAGGAGCUGGUGCCUGUGGAGAUCCCCACCAGCCCCUCCACCUGGACAGCUGUCUUCAAUGCCAUGCCCACCAUCUGCUUUGGGUUCCAGUGCCACAUGAGCAGCGUGCCCGUGUUUAACAGCAUGAAGCAGCCAGAGGUGAAGACCUGGGGGGCAGUGGUGACGGUAGCCAUGGUGAUCGCUCUCUUUGUCUACACGGGCACUGGUGUCUGUGGCUUCUUAACCUUUGGAGCUGGGGUGGACCAGGACGUGUUGAUGUCCUACCCCUCCAAUGACAUCCCUGUUGCCCUGGCCCGGGCCUUCAUCAUCCUCUGCGUGCUGACAUCCUACCCCAUCCUGCACUUCUGUGGCCGGGCUGUCUUGGAGGGUCUCUGGCUCCGCUACACCGGGGUGACGGUGGAAGAGGACGUGGUUCGGGAGCGGAGGAGGCGCCUGCUUCAGACCAUCAGCUGGUUCCUCCUGACCCUCCUCCUGGCUCUCUUCAUCCCUGACAUCGGCAAAGUCAUCUCUGUCAUUGGGGGCUUGGCCGCCUGCUUCAUCUUUGUCUUCCCAGGGCUCUGUCUGAUUCAAGCCAAGCUCUCCGAGAUCCAAGAAACCAGGGCAAUCAGCUGGUGGGCCCAGGUCAGCUACGGGGUGUUCAUGGUCACCCUCGGAGCCUUCAUCUUCGGACAGACCACUGCCAACGCCAUCUUCCUGGAUCUCACUGCCUGACUUCUCCAGGCUGGACUGCACUGCUGCUGCUGAGGGGACGCAGAUUCCCCCUAGGACCAAAGGGAAGUGGGAAGAAAGCACGUUGGCAUGUUGGGAAGAUCCAAGAGGAGCAUUGUAACUUGGGGCUUGGCUGAACAAGCCCUGUGGUGGUUCGUAUUUCAUUGUCUUAAGGCACCAGGCAGUCAGGUUUCUCUCAGCCCUGGCUCCCUGGUGAAGCCAGAGCAACACUACAAGGGGACCUGUAGUCCAGGGCAAGCCCUUUCUGUCCCUCAGGGUGGACAUCACUCUGUCAGGCAUCACUAAGGGGUCGUGGUUGGGGUCUGUGAAGCCGAGCUGCUCUCAUCCAUGUACCCCCGUGCUGGUGGAGCUCCUCUCCACAGCUCAAACUCCUUCUUCUCCCAACUUUGGAGGGAGAAAGAGUGUUUUGCAUAAAGGGAAUUAGUAAUCAUGUUUACCAGACAGGGUGACACCCCCGUAGUCAUCUUCUGUGUCAAUGUUUGGUUUGAACUCUGCUUUCCUGUGGCUCAGCUCACUGGUCUCCUGCCCCUCUGCCUGGGCUGCACUUCCUGCUACAAAGGGGGACUGUUGCCUUCAGCCUGAUUUUUUGGGGGGUGGGGGGAUGGGAUCAGGAUGACCCUGGGGUAGGGAUGCACCAAUGCAGUGUUUUCCCUGCAAGAGGUUGAUCACUCAGUAGAGAAGCUGCAGUGACUGCAUCGAGCUACUGAAGGCACUACACUAGAGCAAAGCUCUUCUCCGGAUUUCCAAUCCUGUUCUUCCAGGUGUCCAGGGAAUGGGACUGGGCCAGGUGUAGGUUUUAAGGGAUGCUUUGGAGAUAAAGCAGUCAGUAUUAAUCUGUUUUAUAUUGUCCCCUUGGUCAUUUACACUCCCUGUGGCUGGUGUUGCUCUGGGCUGUCCCUCUGCUGCCUGGAUGAUUGUUUCAUUCCUGCUUUUGCUGGGUUAAGGAGCUCCCCCAGCUGCACAUUUGGUUGGGGGAGUUAAACCUCAACAGCAAACGGUUCUGGUUAUGUCUCUGAGUUUCUUUUGACCUUGUUUGGCUACUAAACUCCUGGGAGAGGGAGGAAUUCACGUGUCCCUAUUGCUGCAGCUGUGAGGAGGGUCCAGCCAUCCUUGUGCAAAACCUUGCCCUUCCUCUCCAGCAUCUUUCUGGAAGCAGCCCAGGCUGUCAUGGGGGGAACCCCAGUGAGCCAUGGCAUGUGCUCCUGCACUUCUCACCAUGGCUCUCUCCCUCUGCAACCAGAGGCUGCAGGUGGGAUGACAGCAUUUGGGUUCUUCCCCAUGUGGAAACUUUUGGUUUUUCCUUAUUAACACUCUCUGUGUGUAAAUGGGGAUCUCCCCAUCUCUGCUCAGGAUAGGACAGGGAGAUCCAGAUGGGGAAGGAGGAAGAAAAGCCCCAAGCACAGCAGGAAUGUUUGAGGAACGCUGUGAGGGAACAGGUCCCUCCUUCCAAGGGACCUCCAGCCCCCGUGCCCUCAACUUUUGACAAAACCAGGCUCCAGCAAAACCCCCACUGGUAUGGCACCAGCUGCCUCCCAGGCCCCUUCCACCAGCAGGUGCUGGGGCUUGGGGGACCCUUUGGCAUAAAGAAGAUGUGCACUCCUCCUGGAUGUGGGGAGCACAAAGCCACCUCCCACGGCGCACAGCAGAGGUGCUGGAGGCUCAGCAGGUGCCAACCACAAAAUGCCCUCCAGUGCCUGUCCCCCACCAAGACAGGGAGGGGUUUGGUACCCGCUGGGUCUUGUGGCCUUGGCUUUUCCAAAGGUGUGCCGGGCACGAGGAGGUCCCACGGCCGGAGUGGAGGAGGACAUGGUGUCCCACAUCUUUGUUGUCACCCACGGCUGAGGGCAGGGCAGGUCCGGAGGUGCUGUGGCUGUUCCUGUUUGCCUUACUGCUCCCCUGACUGUUUACAAACACCGGCCUUUUAACGUGUGUUUUAUACGUGCAGAAAGCGGAGGGGCUUGGACUCAAUAAAAGUGAUGUUGUGGUGCGUGCG